GGUCCUCUCUUUCCCUUUUGCUAUUUCGGGCAUUAUCCUUUCAUCCUCCGCUGCCAAGGAAGCAUCCCAUCUCCUCCCUUCCCUCCUCAAAAACCCAACCCAAUGUCCGACAAGAGUCUAAUCUGAACCCAUAAUAUUAAAAAAAAGAAAAGAAAAGGAGAGGCCCUCCAGUCCUCCAUUGGGUGUCUCUUCUUCUGGGAUUCCAUAGGGGUCUGUGCUUUUAUUGGGACAACCCGGAGAGCGAGCGAGAGAACCCGGAGAGCGAGCGAGAGAGAGAGAGGGGCAGUGAGUUCGGAGAGGCAUGGCAUUCUCUCGAUCACCUUUUCUCCUCCUACCAGCUCUUCUCGUCCUCUUCCUUUCCUUCUCCAUCUCCUGCGCUUCUUCCCGGCUUCACAGCACACGGAUACCAGGUGGAAGAGGGGAAGAUGGCUUGGUUAUAUGGAGAAGGUUUCUUGCUGAGAAUUCAUCAUCUGUUGAGCUUUCCAACAGCUCUUUCAUUUUGGCUGCGGAGAGGACGGAUAGGAAGGAUCCUUUGGACGGAUACAAACAUUACACUGGUGGUUGGAAUAUCAGUAAUAAACACUACUGGGCUUCAGUCGGUUUUACAGCAGUUCCUUUGUUUGCUCUUGCCUUGGUCUGGUUCGUGGGAUUUGGUUUUGUUUUAUUGCUCAUUUGUUGCUGCUAUUGCUGCUGCCGACGCCGGAGUUAUUCCUAUUCUCGCACGGCAUAUGCUCUCUCGCUUAUUUUGCUCAUACUAUUUACCUGUGCUGCAAUUAUUGGAUGCAUUGUCCUGUACACUGGUCAGGGGAAGUUCCACUCCAGCACUUCAAAUACUCUGGAUUAUGUUGUGGGUCAGGCCAACAUAACGGUUGACAAUCUUAGGAAUUUCUCAGAGAGUUUGGCAGCAGCUAAGAAGAUUUCGGUGGAUCAAGUACUCCUGCCUGCUGAUAUGCGGGGUAAAAUUGAUGCCAUCCAAACUAAGCUCAACUCAUCAGCUAAUGAUCUGGCUUCUAAGACAAAGGACAAUUCUAGGAAGAUUCAGCGUGUGUUGGAUAUAGUGAGAUUGGAUUUGAUUAUAGUUGCUGCAGUGAUGCUCCUUUUGGCAUUUCUUGGAUUCUUAUUCUCUAUACUUGGAUUGCAAUUCCUUGUCUCCAUCUUAGUGAUUGCUGGAUGGAUUCUUGUAGCGGGCACAUUUAUCUUGUGUGGAGUUUUUCUUCUUCUGCAUAAUGUGGUUGCAGACACUUGCGUUGCAAUGAAUGAUUGGGUUGAUCACCCUCAUGCACAUACAGCUUUGGAUGAUAUUCUUCCUUGUGUUGAUUCUGCCACUGCUAACGAAUCACUGUACCGAGGCAGGGAAGUCACUUACCAGCUGGUAAAUGUUGUGAAUCAAGUCAUCAACAAUAUUUCCAAUAUUGACUUCCCUCCUGCUGCCAAACCUUUAUAUUAUAACCAAUCCGGACCAUUAAUGCCCCCACUUUGCAACCCAUACACAGCUGACCUGAGUAACCGUACAUGCACCGCCGGAGAAGUCAGCCUGAACAAUGCAUCACAGGUAUGGAGGGGAUACAUAUGCCAGGCUGCUGUUGUCUCUGGGAGUGAGAUAUGUACCACCACUGGCCGGGUUACUCCAAGCAUCUACAACCAAAUGGCAGCAGCUGUCCGUGUGAGCCAAGGCAUAUACCUUUAUGGGCCAUUCCUCGCUGAUCUAGAAGACUGCACUUUUGUACGACAAACAUUUACUGAAAUUUAUAGCAACCACUGCCCUGGUCUGGAGCUGCGCAGCAAAUGGAUCUACAUUGGGCUCGUGAUGGUAUCGACUGCUGUGAUGCUGUCCUUGAUCUUCUGGGUCAUCUAUGCCAGAGAAAGGCGUCACCGCAAGUAUAACAAGCAGUUUAUUCAUUCAGGUCAGCCACCUCUGCCUCUACAAGACAAAGGACCAUAGGAUCAUGUCAAUCUUAUAGCAAUCUAAGUAGGUUCCUCAUCCACUCGAGUUGAGUUGCGAUGAUGUGCAUAGUUGGUGAUAUUUUAUAUAAUAUUUUGUCGAGUGCUCUUAAUAUAGGUUUGAGGAUUCUCCUACUUGAGCUAGAUGGGUAGCUUAUGUAGUUUGCUUAUCCUGACUGUCUUAUUUGUUUUUUGGUUAUGCCUCCAGAUACUACUUGUUAAAUACAAUUAGCGUGAUUCUUUGUGAA